UGCUGUCUCCCUAGGCCACUGGGGGUGGAGCUUCCUGUUAGGAACAGGACAGAGCUCAGAUGUGACUGGUGCUCAGGGAGUCAGGUGGAACCUGUUGCCUGGAAGAGCAACCUUCUCUGGCCCAAGACCUGACACCUGCAAAGCAGGGAGAAGACCCAGCAGCCAGGCCAGCAGCCAUGCAGAGGGGACUGGGGGCUCUUCUGGGGCUUCUGUGGGUGCAGCUUUGCUGGGUGAGAGGGCAGCAGGUGGAGCAGAGUCCUUCUGCCCUGAGGAUCCAGGAGGGAACCAGCCCUACUCUGAUGUGCAAAUUUUCCACCACCAUGAACAAAGUGCAGUGGUUCCGACAGAAACCUGAUGGUGGCCUCAUAAGUCUGUUUUUCCUGACUCAGGGGACAAAGCAGGAGGGAAGGUUAAAGGCAACAGCGGAUGCUAAGGAGCGCUACAGCACCCUGCAUAUCUCCACCUCCCAGCUGGAAGACUCAGGCACCUACCUCUGUGCAGCAGAGGCACAUGUGAGCCGAGGAGAGAAGGUGGAGCAGCACCCUUCUACCCUGAGUGUCCAGGAGGGAGACAGUGCUGUUAUCAACUGUACUUACUCAGACAGUCGUUCAUCUUACUUCCCUUGGUAUAAGCAAGAAGCUGGAAAAGGUCCCAGGAUCACUAUAGACAUUCGUUCAAAUAAGGAGAUAAAUCAAGUCCAAAGAUUCAUUGCUGUGUUGGAUAAGAGAGCCAAACACUUCUCCCUGAACUUCGCAGCCACCCAGCCUGGAGACUCAGCUGUCUACUUCUGUGCAGCUGAUGCGCGAUGCUUCCCAGACACCUGCAGCCUAUACUCAAACCUGCAACUGAGCUGA